UAUUUUUGUGCACGUGUAGUUUGGCAUACACUUGGAUAAACUUGACCAAGUCCGGACCAUGGCGUGGACCGACACUCUCGAACACGCCUAUACCCGUGAACUCCGACAAUGGGCGCGACAGAGUCGAAACGCUCCCGCUGAUGACCCGGAUUUGACGACCUUCUACCGACAACACGUGCUUCAAGCCCAUGGACAAGACCCAUUUCGACCCUAUGCCGUUUUGCAGGCUUGGGAUUACUGUCCGCCAGUUCGAGCCCGACUGAUUGAGGAUCGAACCCUGAUCUUACCGCAGGUGUGGCGAAAUUUACGCCAAUGGGCCACUUUGGACCACCCGUCUGCUCAAAUGGACACGCGGGACAUCUUGGCUUGUCUCAAAGAAGCGGCCUUACUCUCUGAUGUGCACGAUCUCGCCGCGGUUCCGGACUUAACACGCCUACUUUUCUCCAUAAUGGAGCACCAAUCUGGCGAAAAUGACGUGUCCUUGGUGGCUGCCACGACCCUCGUGAAGAUCACAAUGAAGCAGACUCAAAAUACUCCUGACCUUUUACCGCAGAUCUGUCUAGACCUUUUUCAUCGAGCUGAAAAUGGUUUCAGUCAAGUUUGCUUGGCAGAAGGAAUCAUGAAUGCCGGACCUCCAGAGCUUCUUCUGCAAAACGAAGGACUGCUGUUAAACGUGAUUUUUCCCUUUGUGAUCAACAUGUGCUCUCAAGUCACGUCUUAUCAAUUCCAGAGUUUCCAAAGUCUGCGAAUUCUCACCCAAACGAUGCUUGAUUGCUCUCAAAUGGAGGGUCACGUUGUUCCAUUACAAGUUGAAUUUGGUUGUGAUUCGUUGAAAACAAGCCAAAUCAUGUCCCUCUUGUCAACGAAUUGGGAGAACCCAUUAAAGGGUGUUUCAGAUCUCCUGUUGGUCGUUUACCACAACGUGAUUCGAAUUCUACAGACGGUUGACGAGCCACGUGAGGUGAAACAGUUCCUGGAGGGUCAUUUGAACCGGACAAUGAGCUCCCUUUUGUGGAAAAACCGGGCAAAGUAUCCGGUUCUGUUGGUGUUGGUCCAAUUUAUGAAAGUGGAAACGAUUCUCGUGCAAUAUCCGGACUUGCCUCGAGGUCUCACGGAGAGCCUGAGUAUCACUCAUUUGGUGUCGAUUGGUGCCACUUUGUAUAAGGCUAUCUUAAAAAGGAUCUCCCAAGAGACUUGGAUGACCCAUUUCCAGACGACCUUUAUCGAAUGCCUCUCUUCACACGAUCAAUUGAUGCUAACCAACAUGAAGAACCAAUGGAUGUUGCCCACCAUUCAGUUCCUGAUCCCAUCCAAUGUUCAACACGUAAUCCAGAAAUUGGAACACUCCCAGGACUUCAAUGCUUCCAAAUUAAGUGGAAUUUUGUGCAUCUUCAAAAACCAAAGGCAACUAGGGCAAUUAAAUGAGCUAAGUAAAUGGCAUUAUGGACUCGUUCAAUCUGGAUUGGUUCAUGCUAAUCAUCAAGUGAGAAAUCUAGCAUUGUCCGUGAUAUGUAACGUCAAGAAACGCGGGAUUCCACCCAACGCAAAAGACAUGGAACUGAUAUCAAAAUUCGUCAAUAGUAAUCUCACAGUCGACUCAGCAUCCUUCCGUCAAAUUAUGAUGAGUGAUUUGACUAUUUUACUGACGAGAGUUCACGACUUUUUGGCCAUGAAGAGCCGCAAGAAGUCUUUGGCAGAUGAUGAAGCCCAAGAAAUGAUUCGAAACGUUCAAGGUCUCUUGUCGAGUGUUUUUGCCAAUUGCUUUCCAGGAGCCAAUUAUCAGCGACUAAUCUCGUGCUUGGAAAUCAUGGGCAUCUUCUUGAGUCUUUUCCAAGAUAUGGAUUUUUUCGCUUUCUAUUCCAGGCCCAGAUUUGAGAUUUUACUCUCAUGCGCAUCUUAUUAUAUGACCGAUGUAAGAGACUUGGCCAAGCAGUUAUUGGAAGGCUUUCAUCCCGAGAUUCAGGACAUGAAGUUGGUCUUGGAACGGGCUCUUGUUCUUGUCAGUAGUCCAAAGUUUUCAGAAACCGAAAGUGGAGCUUGUCUUCUUCAUUUAGUGGGUCAAUGGACCUGUAUGAAACCCGGAUUGCUGGGAGACAUUUAUGAACAAGCAAAAUUGCCUAACGAUGUGAUACCUAAAGUGUCCAGCUACAAGAACGUAUUCGAUCUCCUAUUGAAUAUGUAUAAGAGUCUCUUGGAAAAGAGUGAAGAGACUUUCUUGACCGUGGCUAAACAUUGCCCCAUGCACGGCUUAUUGACUGGCAUUCGGUUUGGUUUGAGUGAUGUUGCCGGUCAAAUGAGCUCUGAGUUUGUGUCAGACUUAGUAGCAACCCUGCAGAAAAGUGUCGGGAUCAUGUUAGCUACGCUAAGCCACGAUAGCAGCAAUUCAAACGUGUCGCCAUCAUUUGCGGAAAUGGACGAAGCCAUCGAAGAACUGAUCCAAGCUCAAGAGGAGUCUGUGGAGAUCUCAGUGGAUCAUCAGUUAGUAUUAGCCUGUGCUUGGUUGAACUUAAAAGAGUGUUCCCUUUUGGCUGGAACUUUAGUCAAGACCUGUUCCAAGUUGGAUAUCCCAUCAAUAUCAAAAUGUGGCGCCAUUCUCACGUCCGUUUUGACUCGAUGUCGGCAUAAGGGAGCUAUGGAAGCCACAAUGAGUGCUAGUUCGGAUUACUUCCAAACCCUGCUCUCGGCUGGAAACCCCGAGUUGAACCAGAUCCCUUUGGAAAUCCUGGUGAAGACAUUAAACCAAAUAGAGGAUUAUCCCGCCUCCAUAACCAGAAGAUCGGCAGGCUUGCCAAUGCUCAUCGCCAAGAUUGUGGUGAGUGAGCCCAAAGGCCGCACCCGAAAACUCUUGGGACUUGCUGUGGAUCGCCUGGUUGGGAUGACUCAAGUCAAGGAAUUGAACGUGGUUCAUGAAACAAAGGAUCAAGUUCAAUCUCACGCUCUGCAUAUUCUCCGGAGCUUGGCUCAUGAUAGUGCCUUGUCACAAGACAUCCUUGAAUAUGUGCCUCAGAUCCUGAGAUGUUGUCUGGAUCAAUUUGAAUCCCCUCAUUGGUCAGUGAGGAAUGCCACCUUACAACUUUUUGGCAGCUUGGCUCCUCGAAUUCUUGGACAGAAAAAGGUCCGAUCUGAGGAGUGCAUCUCCAACUCCAUCAAUGUGUCCGAGUUUCUCUCCAGAUUUUCGAGCAUUAUCCAGUUCAUUUUAGACAAACUGCUCCAACCUGCUCCUAAGCUGGCUCUGGUGAAUCCUGUUCUGGUUCCACUUUUGAGUUUGCUCUCCAAGAUAUCGCCAUGUGAAUUGACUUCUGCGCACACUACAAAGACAGCUAUGCAGUUUAGGCACGCAUUUUAUCGCCAUCUGUCUAGUCCUGUGAUCAAUGUAAGAAAAUUGGCGGCUAAAAGCUUUGCCUCCUUUACAGCUCCGAGUCAAUUGGAAAAAGAAAUUGUGUCGAGGAUCCAAACCUUAGGAUCCAAUUUCAAACUGAAGACCAACUUUAGAAAUGGUUUGUUACUCAACCUCAAAGCCAUGAUCCAGCUCGUUUUAUUGGAGCUGCAAGUGUGUUCCAAAGGGCGAUUAGGCGAAUUAUUGGUACCCUUGGCCAAGAUCUCUCAAUUGGAGCCGUGUUGUUAUAUCAACCGUAAUUUGAUUGGGGACAUCUGCGAUGUGGUCCAAUUAGAUUAUCUCCCUCAUGAUGAUCUUGGGAAACAGUUUGACCCCGGAUAUUUGGAGUGGAAGGGAAAGUGCCAAGCGGAAAAUAAAGAAGUGUGUUCCAACCAAGAUUUCUUAAAUGCGGUCCAAUCGCGCCAAGGCGAUCCAAAGAAAGUGGUUGACUACCUCACGGACAACCUCGAUCAUCCACACCUUAAUGGCCAGGCCUUGAUAUUGUGCCAUGAAAUCAUUCACCAUCACCAAGAAAACUUCAUACCAGAUCCUGAAGCGGCUUUAGACCUCCUGGAUUUAGUCACCGAUGAGCGCCUAACCACCCAAGAUUGGGGCUUGACCGCCCAAACGAGCCUUCUUUUGGCCUCAUCCACAGCCUUUACCGCGAUGAUGGUUCAGGAGGACUUCAACAUGUUCUUCAGAGAUGACAGUGUGUACGUCUCCCAUUUCAUGGAGUUUUCCGAGCAAAUCUUGAAGUUCUCACAGCCCCGGAAUAUGGAGACCUCCCGGUUCAAUUCGGCCUCUGCCAUUUUGAACUUGCUACCUAUGUUCAAUCAGAGAGAUCUGAAGUCCGAUGUACCCUUAGUGAUGCAAUAUGGGUUUGUCAAUAUCCUCAAUGCUUGCUUCACACUCUUGGUGGAUGAAGAAUCCUCAGUACGUGGUCUCAUCACCGACUUCGUCUCGAACCUGACUUACGAGAAACAGCCCGUGGCUGAGCCCAGUUUAUCCCAAUAUUAUUCUAUUGAGAAGCUUGUAUUCUACGGACUCGAUGGAUUUCCCGACUGCAGCGAAUGGUUUCAGCCCAUCAUUGAUGUGUAUUUUCUGCCUUGGCGGGAAAACAAUUCCCAAAUGCUCGAAGGCUCUCUAAACAGACGGUAUUUGUUUGAGAGCGGCGAAGGUGUGAACGUUUUCUCCGAGGAGGUCGCCCUGAACAUUGUUUAUUUCAACUGUCUGAUCGAAUGGCUAGCGGGCGGAAACCAAUUGAGGCUGAAUUUGGACGUGGGAAGGAUUGUGGGUGAAGCCCAGGCCUUGAGUGCUUAUCUUCCGUGUAAUGAAGAGGGAUUGAGAUGUUUUUCUGCGUGCUGGACUCAUCCAGGAUACCUCAUUCUAACGAGAUUGGUGAAUGUUUUGAAAAUUUGGGAGCAACAUCCAAUGCUGGAAAAUGUCAGUGGCGUCGAACGAAAUUGUAUCCGGAAGUACUUGAACGAUUUGCAAUGGUGGGUGAUGCACGAGCAAUAAAAUGCUGUUGCACAAUGAUCGGAAGACUUCUUGAAAUUUGCGAAGCUGUUGCAAUUAAAGCGGUUGGCAAACUUUUAGUUCGAGCAAAAUGGAGGUAAUGCUGAAGUGCUGACAACAUUUUGAAAUAUGGCUGUAAUUUGCAAGGUAUUUUGGUAAUAUGCGGAAUCCUGCAUUAAAUUACUCGAGUGAGAAACGAGCUAGUGACUUCGUCAAAAGGUUCUUACCAGGUUUAUGCCAUCUUUACCAUCAGGUGGGAUGCCUAUAUAUUUUUUUUGCUACCAUAUUUAUUCUUCUAGUGACCAAUGAUGAUAUAGCGAAUGUUGGUGUAGAAAAGAAAAAAAACCUGGGCCCUUUUUCUGUCGAUUCAUUGAAGUUGAAACUUCCUUUUAAACCGGAACACUUUUGUGCAGGUUGUACUCAUGAAACAGUAUGAUGAUUUUUAACUAUAGAUAUACUGUUUCAUGAGGCGAAAUUGCAAUCUUGAAGCGAUGUGCGAAAAGACAGCUUCUAUAUUUUAUGCAUUUAUGAGCCAGUAAUUGAUGAGCAAUUUAUGACUUAAAAGUGGUCAUUUGAAUGGUUAAAAAUGUAAUCAUUUAUGAUUACUUGCUCAAAUAAUAUAAUCUAUAAGAUGUUUAAUAAUCCGUCUGCCCUGCAAUUUCUAUAAACUAAGUGAAAAUCGUCGCCAUUGGGACCUGGCACUUAAGGUGCUUGAUAACAACCAUUAUUUUCCUCAUGAUUUUAUUAUGUUGUACUGAUUAAUUACAUUGGUUUUUACUCUUAAAA